GAAGUGCUGCUGAGUAUUUUAACCUUAUAGUCAAACCACAGUCAGCAAGCAUUCAGCUGCAUGCGUUCUCAGCAGCAGCAGCUUCAGUGACUAACAGACUAACCACAGGAAAGGCAAUCCUGAUCAAACCAAAGGGCAUCAUCCUGUUUGAAGCUGACGUGCUAGUACUGAGAAGUAAAACCAGCAGUUUAUGAAAACGAUAGUUUAUUUUGAAUGUAGGUGCAUAAAGAGUGAAUAAGAGCAUUCCUCAUCCUCAGCCACAAUGUCUUCUCAUUACAUCCUGGACUGGAUCCUUCUGAUCUGGCUUACAGGCCCUACGGUGUCAGGACUGCUGGUGAAGGGAGAGGUUGGUCAGAACAUCACCGUGCCCUGCUUUUACACGGUUAGGACAGAACAUGACAUCACCUCAAUGUGCUGGGGCCGUGAUGCCUGCCCCCCUUCCAAAUGCUCUCGCCCCAUUAUCUGGACAGAUGGGAGGAAAGUGACAGAGGGGUACCACACAAAGUACGUGCUGAAAGGGAACCUGCUGAAGGGCAACGUGUCCCUCACCAUCCUGAAUGCCCAGGAAACAGACAGUGGGACGUAUUGCUGCCGUGUGGAGAUCCCAGGGUGGUUCAACGACAAGACAACCAACCUCCAGGUGGUGGUUGAGACAGCUAGGGUCUCUACUGCAACUCCUCUCACUCACACCUCUCCACCGACCUCAGCUCCUGGGAGUGCCAGUGAAACGUCCUUUACUGUCAGAACGUGGCCACCAGUUUCUCUUUCAGAAGCUCCUGAGACUGCCUCUGGUUCCUACUCAAGCAUCUCAGACUACCCAGAAGUAACCUCCAGCCUGCAGAAUUCAUCCAUAUCAACUCACAGUCAGCAGUAUUCAGAAAAGAGUGUUUACCUCAGAACUGGAUUGUGCGUGGGGUUUCUGCUCAUCCUCGGUUUGGGUCUGUUCCUAGGUAGACGAUAUUUACGCAAUAUGAAGAAACUGAGUAAGUUUGCAAGCUCUGUUGCAUUUUGGAGACCAGAACGUGCUGGGAACCAAAGUGCCCUGGAAGUUGAGAUCCACGCAGAGGAAAACAUUUACACAAUACACUAAGAACUGUAUGCAUGCUUUCCUUUGUCAUCUCUGGGACUUUAAAUAUUUUCCAAAAUGUUAGCUGCUCCCUCUGCUCUGCAGCUAAGUGUGCCUGGACUACUAAAGCAUCACUCAUAUCAUUCUAAUAAAGCAAAUAAAAGCUACAAUACUAAUUAAAAA